AAGGAAGCGGCCACUGGCUGCAGAAUCAGUCAGCUGGCGGCCUCCCUAAGAUUCACUUAGUGAUACCUCACGCAAGCAGUGUACAUUCAUUUUCUUGUGGACAGGCCGAAUAAUUUUAUAAUCAAGGAGGAUGAAGGAGACACAGGGCGAGGUGCCCCUCUACAUGCUGCCUACCAAGGCAAUCAUCAGCUUCACAGCUCAGGCCUUUGAGCUAGCCAGCCAGAGCUUGGGUUACCGGGAUCCUUGUGCUCCUGUCGACGCCUCGCACGGCCUUCAAGACCUUAAAGAUGAGGAAUCUGGUCUUGAUGUAUUCUCCCUGAGUCAAGUUGCCAAUCACGACACCUGCAAUGAUUGUUGGAUCAUCCUUUACGAUAAGGUGUACGACGUGACGAGGUUCCUGUUAGAGCACCCUGGGGGUGAAGACGUCAUCAUGGACUAUGCUGGUCGGGACGCUACCAUUGCUUUCCGCGGGGUUGGCCACUCUGUUCCGGCGCUGCAGGCCCUCGACGACUACCUGGUGGGGAUCCUGCCGGGGCACGAGCGUAUUUACACCGGUGACGGUCCGUGUCAGUGGAGCACUCUAUAGCCGCUGGUGUGAGCGGCUGCGGCUUGCCACAUUAGGCUAUAACAGCCAGGUGUGGAGUCGACAGCUGUUCUUGUUGUGUCCUCUUGAGAGAAUGUCAACACGCGCGGUCCUCGUCGCUGCGCCCUCGCAUCUCCAAUCCUUGUCUCAUGUUCAUCUGAUUCUCGUUCAUGAAUGUCACGUCAUUAUCAUCUUCACCGUCAUGCAUCGUCUUGCCUCCGUCUCCAGGGUGUGUGGAGACGCGGCUCACAGCCAUCACAGACUCGAGCUUCCACGAAGCUUCAGUACCUGAGUCAUUAAAUUAUUCCUAAAUCAUCAUCACUCUCGCUUAUGCCAUAUUUCUAUUCUAAUUAUUCAUGCUGUUCAUGUUAUAUCAAUGUACAUAUUAAUAUAUUAUUAUUUUUGUAAUUACACUGUAAGAGUA